CGCGAUGGACUCCAGAACGAAAAGAAAUCUAUCUCGUUAGAGACGAAGCUCGAGUUGAUCAAAAAGCUCGCUGGUACGGGCGUCACGACCAUCGAGGCGGGCUCUUUCGUGCCGGCCAAAUGGGUGCCUCAGGUAUAUACUCACGGGCGGAGAUCUCCGUCUUUUGUCUUUGGCAACGAGGGAUUCGCUAAUCUAGGGCGUAAUGGGGACAGAUGGCCAGUACGAAUGAAAUCUGCGAGCAUCUCCUGCGGACGCCACCGCCAUCCGCGACCGCCAUCGCCUACAAUUACCUAGUGCCGAACGUGAAGGGACUGGAGGGACUGGUCCGGAUCAUGGACGACACCGGGGUCUCCGCUGCGGGGGGCUCGUCGGCAGACAAGGCCUCCACGACGACGGAGAUCUCCGUCUUCACCGCCGCGACGGAGGCCUUCUCCAAGGCGAACACGAACUGCACGAUCGCCGAGUCGCUGGAGCGCAUCCGGCCGAUCGUAACGCAGGCCCUGAGUCACAACAUCCGGGUGCGCGGCUACGUCUCGGUGGCGCUGGGAUGCCCCUACGAGGGGCCGAACGUGCCUACCUCCACCGUGACGGAUAUCACGGCGUCGCUGCUGGAGAUGGGCGCCGACGAGGUCUCCAUCGGCGACACGACGGGCAUGGGGACGGCCCCGCGCACGAUGGAGCUUCUCAACGCGCUGCGGGCGGCUGGGAUCGCCAACAAUGACCUAGCUCUACACUUCCACGACACGUACGGUCAGGCCCUGGUCAACACCAUUGUCGGGCUGGAACACGGCAUCCGCAUCUUCGACAGCAGCAUCGGCGGCCUGGGCGGUUGCCCGUACUCCAAGGGGGCGACCGGGAACGUAGCGACCGAGGAUCUGAUCCACACGCUGCAUUCGCUGGGGAUGCACACGGGGGUCAACCUCGAGGCGAUGUCGAAGAUUGGGGACUGGAUCAGUGGGGAGCUGGGGCGGGCGAAUGCCAGUCGGGCGGGGAAGGCGAUUCUGGCGAAACUGCAGGAUUAGGGUCUAGACUGUUGGGUUCGGGGGGAGUAUUGUUACUUAAACAUGACCAUCUGUAUAUGGAAGGCUAGGCAAUGGAGACCCAUCGGUUACAUCUUGAACUGGUUGAAGCUUAUCGUCAUUUCGGUCUCGACACCCCGAGAGCUCCC